AGGUCUAGGUCGUGGUUUGUAUUUUCUCUCUUCUGCGGUCCCCCUCCCCCCCCCCUUGGUAUUUCUCCCAAACCAACGAAAUGUAUGUUUUCCUUCCAAGGCUUAGCUGAGUUGGCUCAUCGUGAAUAUCAGGCAGGAGAUUUCGAGGCAGCUGAGAGACACUGCAUGCAGCUAUGGCGACAAGAGCCAGAUAACACUGGUGUGCUUUUAUUACUUUCAUCUAUACACUUCCAGUGUCGCAGACUGGACAGGUCUGCUCACUUUAGCACUUUGGCUAUUAAGCAGAACCCACUUCUGGCAGAAGCCUAUUCCAAUUUGGGGAAUGUCUACAAGGAGCGUGGACAGUUGCAGGAGGCUAUUGAGCAUUACCGUCACGCACUGCGCCUCAAACCGGAUUUCAUCGAUGGCUAUAUUAACCUGGCAGCCGCUUUGGUUGCUGCAGGAGACAUGGAAGGGGCAGUGCAAGCUUAUGUGUCUGCCCUUCAGUACAAUCCUGAUUUGUACUGUGUUCGCAGUGACCUGGGGAACCUGCUCAAAGCCCUGGGUCGCUUGGAAGAAGCCAAGGUAGGUGUUCAUUAGAAUGCAUUUAAACAUCAGUGUUUUGCAAACUUGUCCUCUUUGCCAAGUCUUCAAAUCUUCAUUGAGCUAUCUUCACAAACAGUCCUGAGAAACUGAGGAAAGCUGACAGCAUGAAUCGCCUCAGCCUAGAGCAAGGCCGGGC